AGCAAUUGAUGGACAAACAAACGAGCAGCAAGUUUAUAAUAAAAUCAAAUUUCAAAACAAUAAAUACAUAGCAGCUGAAAGUGAUGCGAAUUAUUUGAAGGUGGGCGUGAAGCAUCGAUUAUUCAGAAGACAAGUGAAAUAUCUAAUAAUAAUGGCGGAUACCAAGCCAUCAUCAGACCAAAAGAAGAAGAAGGAGCCAGUGCCUGUGGAGAAGACAGGAGACCCCAUCGUCUCGGCGAUCGGUGACUUUAAGAUAUAUCAGUUCUGGUACUGCAUGCUGAUAUUCCUUUGCAAGUUCGGCACCGGCUGGCACACCCUGGCCCACAUCUUUCUGGCCGCGCCGACGCCCCUCAGCUGCACCACCGCGAACGUUACAGAUCCAUGCAGCGAUCAGUGCACUUCAACCGAAUUCGAUACGAGCGUCUUCCAGACCACAAUUGUCACCGAGUGGGAUCUUACCUGUAAGAAGAGCAGUUUGUCCAGUCUCUCACAGUCGAUUGUUAUGGUUGGCAUCAUGUUUGGCAGUAUGGUAUUCGGCAUGAUAUCGGAUCGCUGCGGCCGAAGACCUGCGUUUCUGGGCUGCUGUUUCAUGCAGUUAAUCACAGGCCUCGUUGUCUGCUUCUCUCCCAGCUUCUGGUUCUAUUGCCUUUCUCGCUUCCUGGUGGCCUUUGCCACUGGCGGCACAAUGACAACAAGUUUCGUGCUCAUCAUGGAAAUAAUUGGACCGAAGAAGCGCGAGCUGGUUGCCAUUUUGUACCAAAUACCGUUUAACAUUGGCCACGCCUCGCUUGCCGUGUUCGCCUACUUUAUCCGCACUUGGCGCUGGUUCCAGUUCAGUGUAACCAUCUUUUCCGUCGUGUUCGUGGUGUAUAUAUGCCUCGUGCCCGAAUCGCCGCGCUGGCUGUUCACCACGGGGCGUUUGGACGAAUCCAUCAAGAUAUUGGAGAUGAUCGCAAGACGGAACAAUGUGCCAACAGAGACGAUCAGGGGCGAAAUCGAAGCCGCCUAUAAGGUAGUGUCAGCCGCGGCGCCAGUGAAGAAGGGCACGAUAAUCGAUCUAUUUCGCUAUCCCUAUUUGCGGUUGAAAACACUUUGCAUGGCCAACAUUUGGUUGGUGGUAUGCAUGGUCUACUAUGGCACCGCCCAGUACAUAUCCAAGCUGGGCGGCAACAUCUUUUUAAACAAUCUAAUUGCAGCGUCCCUGGGUAUUCCCGGCACCCUCCUCUGCGUGGUGAUGACCAAGUAUUUGGGACGCAGGAUCACAAUGAUGAUAACCAACGGGAUAAGUGCGGUAGGGCUGUUGUCGUUGGUGUUUCUAACUCAUGCCGAUAUGCGAAUUCAAGUGGUGUGCGCGACAUUGGGGCUGUUUGGCGCGUCCAUCACAUUCCCCAAUGCGUAUCUGUGGGGCGGCGAGGUGUUUCCAACUGUGGUCCGGGCAAAUGGGCUGGGACUUUGCUCAAUGGUCGGUCGCGGGGGCAGCCUCGUGGCUCCACUGAUCUGUGACCUGGCUCAUGUCCGCGCUUGGAUAACACCGUUAAUAUUUGGGGUCUUUUCAGUUUCGGGUUUGUUGGUCAGCUUUUGCCUGCCAGAGACGCGAGGAACUCAAUUGCCAGCAACAUUCGAAGAUAGUGAAAAAAGACCAAAGAAGGCAUAAGACGAAGUCAAAAUGGAUUGCAAAAAAGUUAUGCAGAAGUUGAGCUAUGCACAGAUCCAGCUAGCGUCUACGCACAGGCUCAUGCCUAUUUGUUUAAUGUACGUAAAGACAGCGUACUCCUAAAUUUUCCUGAAUUCCGAUUUAUUAAUAAAAGCU